AUGGCAACACCGACGCCGGCCAUGGACCUCGACGCGUACCUUGCGCGCAUUGGCCUCACGCGCGACGCGCUUACCGCCGACGUUUCGCUGACGCAGCUGGCGACUAUCGUCACCCACCACGGUCGCGCGAUCCCUUUCGAAAACCUCGCGGGCUGCGGCGUCUUCCCCAUUGCGCACGCGACCAACGGCGAAGUCGUCUCGCUGCAGCUAGACAAUAUCGUGCAAAAGCUCGUGCACGACAAGCGCGGCGGCUACUGCUUUGAGCAGAACGGCUUGCUCGCGGCUGUGCUCCGAAGCCUCGGCUACGUCGUCGCCACGCACAGCGCGCGCGUUGUCAUGGCCAACAACGACCCCGAAAAGGCGGUCUACGAUCUCUCGGGCCUCAGCCAUGCGAUUCUGAUCGUCGACGCGAUGAAUGCCAGUGGCGAGAUGGCCAAGUACCUCUGCGAUGUGGGCUUUGGCGGGCGUGGCCAGCCGCCGUGCCCGAUGCGUCUCGAGCCAGGCGCCGCGUCGCGCGUCGAGGCUGCGCACGGCGAGCGCUACGAGCUCGCCGCCGUCUCGCUGACGCACCACUGGACGACGUCCGAUUUUAGCGGCCGCUUUGUUUUGGCCAAGGCGCCGACGACCGGCGAUCAAUUUGCUGUCUACUAUCGCACGGGGAAGGACAAGCCCAUGUUCCCGAGCUACGUCUUCUCGACGUCGGUCGUCACGACGCAGGCCGAUUAUGCAAUGGCCAAUUGGUACUGCUCGGCGAGCCCGCUUUCGUUCUUGGCGCAGCAACCGCUCGUGGUGCGUCGGUCGGGUGCGACGUUGUGGACACUGACCGCCAAUCAAUUUACAAAGUACGAGGCGGGCGUCGUCGUCGACGCGCGAACCAUCGAUGACAAGGAUGCGCUUCUCGCGCUCCUGGCGACGUCGUUUGAGCUCACGCCGACGACCAAGGGACCGUGA